GGAAACAUUACAACAAUUUCGUAGAGAAAACUAGGAUUUGUGCAUGAGUAAUAGAAAUCGUCAAUAACGGGUUAAAUCUAUAGUCCAAUAAAAUUUUUGUACAAUGAUCGACAAAUCAAGACUUGAAAUUUGUUGAUAAGCCUUAAUUCAUUUAGAUAUUUACGUCUUUACGUCAAAACCACUUGGUAAUUUUAGCAUUAGUGUCUCAUCAAAUGUCGUAAUAUCACCUCGUUUGUCAUCUAAAUUUUAAGUGUUUCAUUUAAAUCCCAUCAUCUAAAAAAACAACUUAAAAAUGGUUUUCAUAAAAUGUCAUCCCUGUUAGAAGCCCUCGAACAGAAAUAUGGAGAAAGUUCGACAGACUCGGAUGGAUCUGAAGACGAGGGCAUCUCUGUUUCCAUUUUCGUGCCUUGCAAGUCUCCAAGGGCCAUAGUACCCGCCCUUUUAGUACUCAACGACUGCGAUAUAGCCACUGCCGGUGAAAAAGAAGCCUUGGUAGCUAAAUGCGCUGCUGUAGAGGAGCUGGAUUUGGCCAAGAAUAAGCUACAGGAAUGGCCGGAGCUAAACAAAGAAAUUAAAUGGCAGCAACUCAAAAGCUUAGUCCUUAACUCCACAUACGUAUCUUGGGACAGCGUCCAAGAGAUCCUAGACCAUCUACCCAAUUUAGAAGAACUCCAUCUUAGUUUAAACGAUUACAACAACGUCCGAUUACAUCCUGAGGAAUCAAAGAACUGUGAUAGUGCCAAAAACGAUAACACCGACGAAAAAAACGACGUAGACAAAUUGUGUUUAUGUAGUUCCUACAAAUUGAAACACAAACAUUCUAAUUUGAAAGUGUUUUACUUCAACGGCAACCCAAUAGAAGAUUGGAAAGAGGUGGUCAAGUUAGGCUACGCUUUUCCGAAUUUAGAAACUUUAGUAUUAGCUGAAUGUCCGAUUAAAACCUUAGAUGUUAACGGGGAGGUUGUCGAAGGGGCUAAUAUGAAUUUCGAACGGUCUGACAGCGAGUGUGAGUCCUGUACUGAUAAAGAAUCGCCGCAUGAUGGUUUCAGGAAUUUAAAAGUGAUCAAUAUGAAUUCCACCAACAUUUCCGCAUGGGAUGAUGUGGAGAGGCUGGCUAAAUUCCCGAAUUUAGAAUGUGUUAGAAUUCAGGCUUGUCCGAUAUGGGAAAGCAAUGAAUACACAGAGCACGAAAGGAGGCAGCUUUUAAUUGCAAGAUUACCGAAUAUAAAAACAUUAAACGGUGGUGGUUUAAUAUCGGCAGAAGAAAGGGAAGACGCAGAGAGGGCAUUUAUAAGAUAUUAUAUGGAUAAGCCAGAAAGUGAUCAACCAGAAAGGUAUUUUGAACUAAUCAAGAUCCACGGAAAAUUAGACCCGUUGGUAAAUGUCGAUCUACGACCGGAAAAAAAGGUUAAAGUCACAUUCACGUGUGGAGAAAACAGCGAAGUCAGAUCUUUGGAUCUCUUCCGAACCGUUUGGAACCUCAAAGUCAAAUUGGAAGGAUUCGCAGGAUUCUCCGCCAACAAAAUGAGAUUGUUUUAUGUAGACAAGGAUUUAACCGAUAUACAGGGUCCGGAAUUGAUGAAAUUUCCCAAUAAACGACUGUACAGCUACAACAUCCGUAAUGGUGACGAAAUUAUUAUAGACUGUAAAACGAAACCCAGUGAAUCUAAACAACCAGACACGUCCGAUGAAGAUUAUACGGAUGGAGAUGAAUUUGAACAGGAUUUUAAGUAAAUAAUAAUAAUAAUUGAUCCAACUAAUUAUAAUUUUUACUUUAUUUAAAAAAAAUAAGUAAAUAUAGCUCUGUGAUACGAAUUGUAAAGUUUGGAAGUCACUAUUUUUUUUCUAAUCACAAUUCAAAUUACUGUAGAUAUUUAAAUAUAAAUAUAUAUUUUUAAAAUAUUUUUGUUAUAUUUUAAUUCGUUUUUAAUCGGGG